AUGAUGGCCAGCUACCCCGAGCACGAGGACACUGCGGGGACCCUCCUGUCCCCGGAGGCCGGCCGCGCAGCCAAGGAGCCCGAGGCGCUGCCGCCGAGUCCCGGCAAGGGCGGCGGCGGCGGGACUGCGCCCGAGAAGGCCGACCCGGCGCAGAAGCCCCCGUACUCGUACGUGGCGCUCAUCGCCAUGGCGAUCCGCGAGAGCGCCGAGAAGCGGCUCACGCUGUCGGGCAUCUACCAGUACAUCAUCGCCAAGUUCCCGUUCUAUGAGAAGAACAAGAAGGGCUGGCAGAACAGCAUCCGCCACAACCUCAGCCUCAACGAGUGCUUCAUCAAGGUGCCGCGCGAGGGCGGCGGCGAGCGCAAGGGCAACUACUGGACGCUGGACCCGGCCUGCGAGGACAUGUUCGAGAAGGGCAACUAC